AUGCUUUUGGUUCCACAAUCACAUUCUGUAGUUCCUUCACAAAUACAGCAAAUGUCGCGUAAUUCCUUUAUUGGUUUAGAGAAUUUAAGGGAAGAUGGUGGUUUUCAAAUAGAAGAAUUUAUAUGGGAUAAUAAACCAAGAAUUCACGUCGGAACGAUAGAAAACUUUCAAGAUGAGCCAAAAAUUGCAGCAAAACGUGUGUCUUUUAUGGGAGAGAAGUGUUUAGACUUUAUUAAAAGUAACCCUGUGUUUCAGGAGAAAUAUAGGAUCGAGUUGUCCCCUGAAGAAGGACUUUGGAAAUUAUAUCUGCAUCUAGAUCCUGUGGCCUGGUUCGAUGCUCUUAUGUCGCGCCCAAAUGAAACGAGAGGAUCAGUGAUAAAGAAAGCACGAGAAUGUGUCAAUAAUGUAAGAGAAACUUAUUACCCAUCGCGCCCUGAGAACUUUAUAUAUGAUCCUAUUCUUUCUAAAUCCUACUGUAAUCAUCAUGGAGAAUGUGUUAGAUGUGAGUACUUUAUUGAUAUUAUGCAAAUAUUAAAUGCUAAUGCGGAGACUAAUAGAAACUCUAUUACAAUUAAUAAAAGUUGUCCUUGGUUUAUUGAAACUCCAAAAAUUUAUUGCCAAGCCGAAUCACCGCAACAAAGACGACAAAGCCGUUCAUGUAAUUGGUAUGCCGAACAAGAAAGGAUAAUACCAUUUGACGAGCGUCUAAAAAUGCCAUUAGGAGAUUAUAGUUUAAAGCAAACAGACGAAUGGAUCGUAAUUUCAAGGCUAGAACAUGUCCGAGAGCUACUCGUUUUUCCUACGAAACAUAAGACAAAUAAAGAUCUAAUCAAAUCAGAAGAAUUUUGGGCGUGGGUAUUAGACAAUUUAGUGAAAAACUUUCUAGGUGCUUUUUGUUCCAGAGGAUAUCCAUUGAAUUCUUUUGCAAUGAACUUUGGGACUUGGGAAUCGGAACUCGCCAAGGACAAAAAUGCAGUAGAUUGUCACGGACACUUGCACCUAUGUCUCAAGCUUGAUGUUGUCAGAAAAAUGGUGUACAAAUAUCUAGGUAUACGUGGUAAAGUUAAUGAUCCAUAUCAUUAUGGCUUAUUGGACUGUAAAUAA